CAUCACACGCGGUUCUUUUCGCUCUGUUGAUUGGGGAUCCCCCGCCAUCCCUAGCAUUCGAUUUUUUAAUCUCGUUUGAGCUACCAAGUUCUCUUCAUUUGCAUGACCGACUCAGUUUCUCUCCACAAAUCAAAGAAGAUAGUGCGUGAUACAGAAGUUCUUCACCCUAAGCAAUGAUGAAGUUAGUUUGUGUAGUGGCAUUGAUUUACUGUGCAUUUCCAAUUUCGUCGGAAGCAGCUCGAUGCGGCUACGAACAAAAUCUCCUAGAUGAUAUCAAUGAUUUAUUGAACGAACAAAUUGCAUACCAUCGUCUCUCUGUAAGUCGGCUUGGAUAUUUCGACAAGGCGGACUAUGUCAUCAAACACCUAAACAGUAGGAUCUACCAACAAGGUCGAGGAUCCGAUUGUAAAAACUUGGACGAGGUCAUCGUCGAAAGCAGUAAAAAACAUUCAGUUGAAAUAGAAGGCUUGGAUAGCAGCUUAGCGCGGUUGAAGAGGCUUCUCGAUCACCUGGACGCAAGGAACAACCACCAUAAGCUGGAGAUUGAAAAAUACAGUGAUCUACAGGACAUUUGUGAAGAAGACAAAAAUCAAAUACAAUUAAAACUCAACAAUUUGAAUCAAACAGCUAUCGAUCUAGAGAAAAAGAUAGUUAACCAAACUGCUGUGAUCAACGCACUGAAGGAAGAGAACAAAAAAUUACAGUCGAAAGUGAAUAAAAACUCGCCAGCCAUUCAUGGCGAAACAGGAGUGAUCACCGGUACAACUACAACUUCUACUAUAAUAAAUGCUGAUGAAACUAUUGCUGACUUAAUUAUUACAACUACAAUGGCAAGCUCAUCGGUUGUAGUAGAUCCCUCUGAGAACGUAACACCUUUCAUCGAUGUACGAGUUCAAGUCGAGAGUUAGUAAAAUUAGUAACACUAGUUGUGAGAGUCUCAAUGAAUCUAACAAAAUUGCAAUAUAAAACACUCUUCAUCAUUUCGGAAAACAAAAAAAUGUGAACAAGUAAA